GCUUCUAACAUCCUCCCCCCAUUCACCUCAACCCUGUGCCCUUGCGCCCUUGUGCCCUUGUCCAGGAAUCACUGUGGUGCACUGCCAAAAGACACGCAUGCAAUAAGAACGGAAUAGCAACAUUCACGGUCUCGACAAUGGCGGAUAACCCGGCUCAGGAUUCUAUAACCAUGGCUCAGCUGAAGCAGUUCGUGAGCACGCUGCCUUCGAAACAAAAGCUGGAGCCCGUUCACUUUCAAUACGCAGACAUGGACACGGUAUCUGCUGAGAUCGACGAGUUUUACUGCUAUUUGGAGGUGCAGCGGUUCCGUGACAAUCAGGAGGCCUUUCAAAAGAGCUACGACGCAGACUGGCAAAAGAGCACAGUAUCUGAACGCGAGGCGUACGCGGAAUAUCUACUGAAUUUCUUGGAUCAAAAGGACGACACGAGUCGACUGUCUGUUGCCCAGCAGCUCAUCUAUAUCUCACAGGGCGCAUAUGCUGGGGUGUCAAACGAAGACGACCAUUUGGACUGGAUCCUGACCAACAACAGGAUGCUGCGAAAGCUAGGCGCGUUUCAGACGUACUACGAUGCGUUGCGGAUUGCCUGUUCCAAGCUAGCGAGCGAACCAGAGAUCGCCACAGAGAUCGAAGCGCUGGUGACGCUGCUUUACAUGCUUGUCAUCUCGCAUGAGGACGACUUCGAAUUCAUGGGAGAACUAGCCGCCACGGACCCAUCCUUGACCGUGUUCCUUUAUGACCAGAUCUGCGUGCGUCCAGCCAAGGACCAAUUUUAUCCGCUCAAGAAGAUGUUAUUAUUGCUUUGGAAAGUGUUGCGGACGACACUUGGCGGCACGGAUGACUUUCCCGUCCUCAAAAGCAUUGCCCGCAGGAUAUUAGGGAACCCACCACUCAAUCCAGUCAACUUCUCACAAAAAUCGGAUCCACUUGAUUAUCUCGUCUAUCAGUCCGAGAUGAGUCAAAAGUAUCCCGCUUACAUACCUGCGAACUCGGCCCGCAGUCCGGGAUGCCCUUUGAUUCCAAUUUCGACCAUUGCCAAUGUAAUGCAGGCAAAACCAUUGACAGUAGCAGGAAGCGCUGCUGGUGGGGCGCAAGGGCUUAAGGCAUUAACUGGAAGCGGGCCUUCUGGAAAGAGCAGCAAAGGACAGUCCAAUGGAUCCGGGGGUAUGAAUAUGGGAAUGCAACCUUUUGUCUUUCCAUCCUCUUCCAUGACGAGCUCGACCCCCAAAUCGAUUAUUGAGGCGGAAGAGCUGUUCGAAAAAAAUAUGUAUAUUUCAACGGCCACCCUGCAGAUAUAUCAAGAGAAGAAGCUUAUGAUGGACAGGCGGUAUCAGUCAAGCAAUGACGCGGAGGAUCAGGAAUCAGGACGGGAACUAGAGUAUAGGCAACCGGCAUCAAUCCGGAGCAAGGCCCGACCAAGACGGAGGAGUCUGAUGCGCCGUAUAAGUGGGAACGGUAACCAAGGUGAUGAUGAAGCGGAUGAUGCCAGUGAAGAGGUUGAGGAUGAGUCGGAUGACGAUCAGCCAAGACAGAACGGCGAACUAUCGGCCGCAGGAGAUAAGGUACCAUCUGUCAAUGAUAAGGAACGGGAGCGAAUCGAGCGCAUUGAACACAUAUAUAGAGAGAUUGUGCCGAGGAUGGCUCAGAUCCAAGUGACGCUGCUCAAGACGCUUUUGGUGUGCAUCAAGAUCAGUGGGACAUCAACUUCAAAGGAAUCAUCGAACGCGGAAACAGAGGGCAAAGAACCAGUCGACUCAUUCACAAGAGUCAACGACAUUCGCAAGCAUGAGAUCAUGGCCAAGGCAGUGUCCAGCAUUCUCCUACUCCAACUUCAACAUUUCAAGAUUUAUCAUGUCCUUGCCUUCAACUAUGUUUGCCAGCUCCUUGUCGACUCCAACUGCUUACUUCUAUUACUCAAGAUCUUUGGCAACGCCGAGAAUCCCGGGAACAUCCACACCAAGAAUGAAAUUGAGGAGUACAACUUUUUCAAGACUUGUUCCAUCCUUCGUACGACGCGGUCCGAGGCCAAUCCUGAGCAGGCACGACUCGCAGUCCUUAAUGGCGCUGUUGCGGAUCUGGGCGACCCUCUUCCAGCAAAUUAUGUCUGCCGGCGCAAUAUGUUUGCGAUCAUUAAUUUGCUCCGCGUCCUCCAAAAGCUGACAAAGCACAAGACACACCGGAUUUUACUUUUAGUCCAGUACAAAUCCUCAGCGAUUCUCAAGCGGCUUCUGAAAAUCAACCAUCCAGAUCUACAGAAGUAUGUCUACAAAGCCCUCAAGAGUCAGGUGCCCUUCCUGGGUCGAAAGUGGCGAUCGUCCCAUAUGAAGGUCAUCACGGGUAUCUAUAUCUAUUGCCGGUCAAAUCUCAGAGACGAUUGGAUCUCAGGCGCGGAUGUGGAGAAGGAUCUGGAGGACGCGCUACCGGCGGAGCAGCAGCUGAGAAACAUGAUUCGCCACUACCACGAUCGAGUACAUCCAAACGCAUUGGUGUCGGACCCAGGAGCACAGGCGAAGGGUGGAAAGAGUGGCGGAACGAACCAGUAUUCGGGACCCAAGUAUGACUGGCAGGAGAUGUACGAAGCCCAUGGAUCGAUUCAUGAAGUCGGCGCCAUUGACCAUCAUAGUCAGAGUAGCAGUGGAGCAGGCGGAUCAAAAUCUGACGGCGAAGAUAGUGUCCGAAGCGCUAGCAGCCAUCACAGUAGCCGAAGUAGCAACAGCAGUAGUUCAUCUUUGAGCUCAGACCGGAGACGAGAUUUGACCAUGAACGACAUUGAGCUGGAUCCCGACUUUGAGGAGAAUUACGAGGAAUGGCUCGAGGCAGAGGUUUUUGGCAGGAAACAGCCAACCUUGCUUAGUCCGCCGCAGUUUAAGUACAGCGACUUCUACUUUGACGAAACGGCAGCUGUGCCCUUUUUGAAGACACCUGGCGACGGGUCUGGCUGGGACACUCCGGCGGUGAUGCCAUCAGAUGAUGAAUUCGGUGGCUCCAUGAGUUCCUUCAACUUCAGUCGAUGGGAGGACGAGGAGCUAUUCAAGCAGAUCGACUGGACACCCAACCUUCACAGUACAGAUGCCUCGGUGGAACAACAGUAUUACCUGGACGAAGUGUCAGAAUUCGAGAGGAGCGAGGUUUAUAACAACUACGACUUUGGCGAAGGAACAGUGGAUGCAGACACAGGGGUUGAUGUUGCGACGAGUCAGGGAUCAGAUGGGUAUGGCGGUGGUCGUAAUGGCGGAAUACGAUCAGGAAUUCGCCGUCGGUCACAGCCGCUGCGAGUCCGGAAAUCGGAGGUUGGCACAGAAUGGAUAGAUGAUAACGCCGAGGACGAGGUCAUACAAGCCUAUGGACCCUCUCCAGGGAGCCAUAUGCUUGAUCAAUAUGAAGUGAACGAGGCAUGAGAACUCCACAUACAUUGUCCUCGUAGUCGGUAACAUUGUCAAUGUUAAAAAUAAAUGAACAG